AUGGCUGCCAUAUCAUACUCUCUUUCCGAUAAUCUUCGUUCACCGAUCUUAUCACCGCCGUCGAAAAACAAAACUGAAACGGAAAAGAUCUGCAUCGACGACAUGUUUCAGAAAUACUGCGGCGAGUUUGGAAAGUGGCAGUUGAAACACUUCAUUCUCACCAGUCUCGCUUGGGCACUGCAAGCUUUUCACUCCAUGGUUAUGAUUUUCACUGAGCGGGAACCUGAUUGGGUGUGUGUUUCUGGUAUGGAGUGCUCCCCCGGUGGAAGUGUUUGCAGUAUGUCACCGGAGUCGUGGGAGUGGAUCGGCGGAAAAGCUGCUUCUACGGUGACGGAAUGGAAUUUGAUUUGCGGUGAUAAGUAUAAAGUUGGACUUGUUCAGGCUGUUUUCUUCGCCGGUUGUACGAUUGGAGCUGGAGUAUUUGGUCACCUUUCAGACUCAUAUCUAGGAAGAAAACGAUCUCUCACUGUGGUUUGUGCCCUAAGCGCCAUAUUUGGCUGCUUAACAACACUCUCUCCUAACUAUUGGACCUAUCUCCUCCUCCGCCUCCUCACUGGCUUCAGCACCGGCGGGGUUGGUCUCUGCGCCUUCGUCCUCGCCACCGAACCUGUUGGUCCAUCAAAACGCGGCACGGCAGGUUUAUCCACUUUCUACUUCUUCUCCGGCAGCAUUGCAAUUCUCUCUGGCAUCGCUUACAUCUUCCAAACAUGGCGCACACUCUAUAUGGUCACAUCCAUUCCCUCUCUCCUCUACAUAAUCUUCGUCCUUCCCUUCAUCUCUGAGUCCCCAAGAUGGUACCUCAUUCAAGGAAGAAUAAAAGAAGCUACUACGCUCAUGGCCACCAUUGCUUCUUUCAAUGGGAAUCAUCUUCCAGAAGGAGUUGUCCUCGCACUCGACGAAGAAGUAACAAACUCAAAAAAUGAAACAAAUGAUCUUGAUUUCGUGGAUGCGCAAGGUGGAUCCAUUGUCGAUGUUAUUCGCCACCCAGCUACGCGUAUUAGGUUAAUUCUAGCGGUUGCUCUUAACUUCUUAAGCUCGGUGAUGUGGUAUGGUUUAAGUUUAAACGUUACCAAUCUCGAGACCAACCUCUACAUGAACGUGCUUCUGAAUGCCGUUUCAGAGUUACCGGCGUUCAUGCUAAUGGCGGUGUUGUCGUAUAGAUUCGGGAGGAAGCCAUUGACAAUAGGGACAAUGUGGUUUAGCGGAUUCUUUUGUUUAAUGGGGAGUUUGAUGAGUAAUAUAGGGGUGUGGAAAGUGAUUAAAAUGGUAUGUGGUGUUUUAGGUAUAUUUGGGAUAGCAGGGACUUAUAACUUGUUGUUUAUUUACACCACGGAGUUAUUUCCUACGGUGGUGAGGAACACCGCGCUUGGAAGUACAGCGCAAGCGGUGCAAAUGGGGGCGAUAUUGGUGCCUUUUGUGGUGGUUUUGGGUGGUUGGUUGCCGUUUGGGGUGUUUGCAGUGUGUGGGAUUUUAGGUGGGAUGAUUGCAUUCUAUCUGCCGGAGACAUUGAAUAUGCCUCUUUAUGAUACAUUCAAAGGAUUGGAGGCUGGUCUUGCAUGA